AUGGCUUCUGAUGAGAAAGAAGUAAUGUCGGCAAAUGAAAAAGAAGUGGAUACAUUUACAGACGUGGUAGGGGCUGACACUGUUGAGCUGUUGAGUUCAGAAAGAAAUACCAAAUGGAACAGGUUGAAAGGUGUCAUCUGGGAUUCUUUAGACAAAUCACCAGAGGAGAGGCGGUUUAUAUUCAAGGUGGAUUGCUGGGUUAUGACAUAUGUAUGUGUUUCGUACUUUGUCAAGUAUUUAGAUUCCAUGAACACUGCCAAUGCCUAUGUUUCAGGAAUGAAAGAAGAUUUGAAUUUCCAUGGUAUCCAAUAUAAUUGGCUUUCCACAUGGUAUUAUAUUGGGUAUAUAAUUGGACAAGUUCCAUCUCAAAUUGCUAUUAGUUAUAUCAGGCCUUCUAUUUGGCUCCCAGCAAAUGAAAUCUUGUAUGCGGCAUUCGUGAUGGCCAUGGCAGGUGCAAAAGAUGUAAAGACAUUGUAUGCCUUUAGAUUUUUUAUAGGAUUAUUUGAAAGUACGGCAUAUGUUGGUAUCAUGACUCUUUUGUCGAAUUUUUAUCUUCCUGAUGAGUUAGGUAAAAGGACAUGUAUCUUUCAAACAUCUUCUAGUGCUGCUCAGAUGUUCUCCGGUUAUUUGCAAACAGGUUUAUAUAAUGGGAUGAAUGGUAAUGGUGGAUUGGCAGCCUGGAGAUGGUUAUUCAUUUUUGAUGGAGUGAUCACAAUCCCUGUCGCAAUUGCAGGCUUUUUUGUGAUUCCUGAUGACCCUUUGGACUCCAAAGCGUUCUGGUUCAAAGCCAAUGACAAGAAAAUCGCAUUGGAAAGAUUGAAGAAAAGUAAUAGAAAUACUAAGCCAAAAAUGAAAUUCAAUCAUCUUCUUGAUAUGUUGAAAGACUGGCCAAUUUACUUGUUUUCGGCGGCAUUUUGCUGCCAUGUUGUUGGUAUCAGAUUAUACAGUUACAUGAAUCUUUGGUUACAAGAGGCAGGUUUUUCUGUUAGUAAGACUAAUAUUUUACCUACAGUUGGUUAUGCCAUUCAAAUAGUUUGUACUUUGUGUUGGGCUUGGUUAUCUGAUGGCUUCGGUAGCCGUUGGUCAGUUAUUGUACUAGCUUGUUCGACAGCAAUUAUCGGUUCCAUUAUAUUGUGGGUAUGGCCAAAUAAAAAUAGUGGUUUAUUUGCUGGCUGGUACCUUUUAUUCUGUGAAACAGGUGCGGGAGCUUUGUUCAUUGCUUGGAUGUCGGAGACAUUGAGUACCGCUGUCGAGCAGAGAUAUUUGAUUAUUGGUGUUGUCGAAACUACUUCUUUUAUUUUAAGUGCUGCGGUUCCUUUAUAUUUGUACCCAGCAGACGAAGCUCCUCAUUAUAGAUAUGCUUAUCCCGUGACAUUUAUGUUCUUCACGUUGGAAGCUGUUUUGACUAUUGUUAUAGCAUAUAUUCAACGGCUUGAAAACAAAGGGAUCUUAGUGAAUAAACACUUUUUUGAGGAUGUCGUCGAUAAAAACAUCUCAGCUGUUGAAGAAGCAGAAGUAAUUGAGAAGACUAUGGCCUAG